ACCCCCAGGGCAGCGCCGCGCCGGACUACCUUUCCCAGGAGCGUCGGCGGCUAGGCGAGACGUCGGGUGCCUCACGGGGCGGUGCGGACUACAUUUCCCAGACAGCUUUGCGGCGGCCGGGCCCUGAACAUUACGCUUCCCGGAGUCCUUUCGCGGUGGGGCCGCAACCCUCUCUGGCGUCUCGGAGCCGGGACGAGACUCCGACUCCCAGAGGGCUUUGCGGUUGACAAGGGCGACUACGCCUCCCAGAGGCCUCUGCGGCGCCGCGACCGGAAGUGGCGGGCGAGUCCGGUGUCCUUGCGCGCGGAGGGGAGCGAACAUGGUGUCCCGAGCGUGGUCGCUGAUGAGGUUCCUCAUCAAGGGCAGCGUGGCCGGGGUUGCCGUCUACCUGGUGUACGACCAGGACCUGCUGGGGCCCAGCGACAAGACACAGGCGGCCCUGCACAAGGCGGAGGAGGUGGUCCCCCCGGCCAUGUACCAGUUCAGCCAGUACGUGUGCGAGCAGACGGGCCUGAAGAUGCCCCAGCUCCCAGCCCCCCCAAAGUUUAACUUUCACCUCCGCGAGUCCUGGAAUUCAGGCAUCAUGACACUGAUGUCGGCUCUGUCGGUGGCCCCCUCCAAGGCCUGCGAGUACUCCAAGGAGGGCUGGCAGUACCUGAAGGAGCGCGCCAAGUAGCCUGUCAGAGGGGGCCGCCCGCCCCUGUCAGGCACAGGGUCACGGGCGCCACCGACCUGGAGACUCCAGACUGGGACCUCACUCCGAGGGCAGCUCCCGGCCGUGCCGGCCCAAUAAAGGACUUCGGAAGUGUU